AUGAUUUCAACACUCUUUCAAAAGCUUCCUUCCAAUAGAAACUACUUUGCAUUUGGAGUUCCUGGCCAUUUCUAUGGAUGCUUGUUUCCAAGACAAAGCUUACAUCUAGUUCAUUCAUCUUCGGCACUGAAUUGGCUAUCUAAGUUGCCCAGAGAGCUUACUAACAGAAGCUGUGGUGCUUGGAACAAGGGAAGAAUUUACUAUACUAAUGCUCCAAGUGAAGUUGAAGAUGCUUAUAAGAGACAGAUUAAGAUGGAUUUGGAGACAUUUCUGCGCGCCAGAGCACAAGAGCUAGUGAGCAAUGGAUUAAUGGCAAUUAUGACAUGUGCUGCUCAUGAUGUGAUUGAUUUUAAUACAGAUUUGUAUGUUGGCAAAGAACUUGAACUCUUGGGAAGUUGUAUAAUGGACAUGGCGAGAUCGGGGGUCAUGUUGAGAAACAAGCAUGACUUCUAUUACAGCAGUACGCUUACAACAGCGGCUGAUCGAGUAGAUGCUGCCAGGAGCCAUGUCCUUCUCAGGUACACCCGUGUCAACAAAGUCCUCUGA